CGGAGAUGAAAAGGCUGAGAGGAGUCGCGGUGUGAGGGGUGGGGAAGUGGCCUGCAAAGCCUGGGCCCGCCGGCCACAUCGGAGGGGGAAACCGCAGAUCACUGGGCGGGCAGGAGUCUCACCGCAGGACCACCAGAUGUGUCUGUCUUCCACAGGGAGGACGUGGGGUGGUGGCGGAGCUGGCUGCAGCAGAGCUAUCAGGCAGUCAAAGAGAAGUCAUCCGAAGCUUUGGAGUUCAUGAAGCGAGACCUGACAGAGUUUACUCAGGUGGUACAGCAUGACACAGCCUGUACCAUCGCAGCCACGGCCAGUGUGGUCAAGGAGAAGCUGGCUGGCUUGUGCAUGCAAGACUGAAGGCUCCUCAGGGGCGACAGAAAAAAUGAAGAAGGGAUUGUCUGACUUCCUAGGGGUGAUCUCAGACACCUUUGCACCCUCGCCGGACAAAACCAUUGACUGUGAUGUCAUCACCCUGAUGGGUACACCCUCUGGCACAGCUGAGCUCUAUGAUGGCACCAAGGCUCGCCUCUAUAGCCUGCAGUCCGAUCCAGCAACCUACUGCAAUGAACCUGAUGGGCCCCCGGAAAUGUUUGACGCCUGGCUUUCCCAGUUCUGCUUGGAAGAGAAGAAGGGGGAGAUCUCAGAGCUCCUUGUAGGCAGCCCCUCCAUCCGGGCCCUCUACACCAAGAUGGUUCCAGCAGCUGUUUCCCAUUCAGAAUUCUGGCACCGAUAUUUCUAUAAAGUCUAUCAACUAGAGCAGGAGCAGGCCCGGAGGGAUGCCCUGAAGCAGCGGGCAGAACAGAGCAUCUCUGAAGAGCCUGGCUGGGAGGAAGAAGAAGAAGAACUUGUGAGCAAUUCACCCAUAUCUCCAAAAGAGGCAAAGAUUCCUGUGACCAUAACUUCCACACCUCCUGAAGGAAGACCUGCCCCCCAGAGCUCCUGUGAAGAGACUCCUGUGAUCCCAGUUGAGCCCCAAGCAGAGGUGACUCCAUCAGAGAGCAGUGAGAGCAUCUCCCUGGUGACACAGAUUGCCAAUCCUGCCUGUACACCUGAGGCACCAGUGCUUCCCAAAGACCUGUCCCAAAAGCUGCUUGAGGCAUCUUUGGAGGAACAGGGCCAGGCUGUGGAUGAGGGCGAGACUGGUCCCCCACCCCCAGUUACCUCCAAGCCCCUAACUCCUGCUGGCCGCCCCAGUGUUCCAGAGCCCAGGCCUCCAGCCAGAGUAGAGACUCUGAGGGAGGAGGUGCCCACAGACUUACGGGUGUUUGAGCUGAAUUCGGAUAGUGGGAAGUCUACACCCUCCAACAAUGGCAAAAAAGGCUCAAGCACAGACAUCAGUGAGGAUUGGGAGAAGGACUUUGACUUGGACAUGACCGAAGAAGAAGUGCAAAUGGCACUUUCCAAAGUGGAUGCCUCCGGUGAGCUAGAAGAUGUAGAGUGGGAGGACUGGGAAUGAGGGGAACCAGAGCACACAGCUCCCCCACUCACGGCACCUCCCACCUCCCUCGCUCAUCUCAGCCCAGCCCUGGAUGACACUGACUGAGAAUGUCCCCCAAAUGGCCUCUGCCAUCCAGACCUCUGGUGGCUCCCUGCUGGUCCUUUGAGCCUCUGCUCACACCUGGGAAGGGGCUGUCUAAAUCCACGCCCAGGACUCUGACUCCUGCCAACCUUAGGAUAACCUAAGGGUAGGACACCACCCCUCACCGGAGAGCCUACAUUUCCCUGCUGAACACUCACUGCUCCUGGGGCCUCCUGCUGGGAAGCCCCAAGGGGCAGCUCCAACCCUUCUGUGAGCUGACAAGCUGAAGCUGAACCACCCUGAACCACCGGUCUCUGGGAGGAAGCCACAGCCGCACAUGCUGUCCACCCACAAGCAGACAAGGAAGGCAGUGCCACCUGCCCUUGGCUAAACAGGGACAGCAAGCACAUGUUGGUUCCUAUGCCAGUGGAUAAAAGGCACUCAUCUCUGGGAAAUUUGCCUAUCUUGGGAAUCUUCCCCUCCCAGGCAUUUUCCAUUCCUGGAAAGGUUCCUUGGGAUUCAGAAUCUAGAGACCAAACCCUAACCCACCUCCUUCCUUUCCUCCAGACCCCACUGGGAUGUCCCUGUAUUUUUCCAGGGCGGCUUCAUGUCAAAUGCACCCAAGUCCUUAGCCCAGCUGUGCCAAUGCAAGGGUACACUCUUGCAUUUCCUCCUCUCCUCAAGAAGGGAGGGGGCCACUUCAGGCCCCUCUGUGCAUUGCCUGGCAGGACACCUGGUCCAAGCAGCUACCCACCUCUACUUCCCUGUAGCUUAGGACACAAGCCAACUACCAGCGGUACAGAGCAGUGAACACAGGUGAGGUAAGACCAGCUCCUCCCGCCUCAGCCCUCUGCUUCCAAAGGGAUGUGCCGGGGCAAAUGUCCUGAGAUUCCCUGGGCUUCUGCAGAGGCUCUCCUCCUGGAAGACGGAGCCAACCUGUGGCUCCCACCCUCCACUUUGGUGAAGCCACAUCUCUUAUGGGGGGUAGUGAGGGCUGCAGGGAUUCCUGGAGACCCUGGUGCUUCACGAUGCAGCUCUCGUGAUUCUUGUACAUAAGCUGGUGUGUCCACCAGUGAUUUAAAGGGAUUGUGGUCAGGGAUGCCAAGAGUGGGGCACUGUGCAUCAAAUGUUGAGUGAGGGGGUGGGAUGAAGAGAAUACUGAUUCCUUUUUUUUUUUUUUUUGAUGGGAUGGGGUUUUUCUCUUUGUAAUUAUUUCUUUAGUUUAAUUAACCUUUUGGUUGUUUGUGCAAUAUUAUAUAUUUUAAAUUAUAAUGCAUCUCCCCAGAGUAUUUUGUAGCCAGGAAAAGAAAAAAAGGAAAAAAAAAAAAAAAAGAUUCUAACAGCUGUUAGUUUUGUAAUUAAAAAGGAAAGAACUUUGUCCUGAACCUUUUACAGAAUUGCCGUUAACAGCAUUAAAGAAAUUCAACAGAA